ACAUACCUUAUCUUUUUUUUCCCGAGUCAGAUAUUCCAUACUUUGCGGAUCCCAUCCAUGUUGUUUCCAAAAAAUAAUGAUUAAAUCCACAGUGCAUCACAGACCCCCAGAGCUUUACCGGUGCCACCCUUUGAAUGAAUUCAGAGCAAGUGUGCAGCGAAGGAAGAGGAAUAAUAGGAGAAAGGUGAUAAGGGUGUCAAGAUCAAUGGGGCUACCAGGUGUUGAUAGAGAAUUGAAGAAGAUUUUGAAUGCAAACAUGGACGAAGUGGGUGCCAGAAGGCGUGCACGUGAGGCCUUCAAGGAUAUUCAGCUUGGAAUUGAUCACAUAUUGUUUAAGACUCCAUGUGAUGGAGUAAAAAUGGAAGAGUCAUAUGAAAAGAAUUCGAAAGGACUAGAAAUCUUCUGCAAAAGUUGGCUUCCUGAAGCAUCUACGCCAAAAGCAGCACUGUUUUACUGUCAUGGUUAUGGGGACACUUGCUCCUUUUUCUUUGAAGGAAUUGCUAGAAAACUGGCAUCAUCUGGAUAUGCAGUUUUUGCCAUGGAUUAUCCAGGAUUUGGUCUAUCAGAAGGUCUUCAUUGCUUUAUUCCCAGUUUUGAUGGACUUGUUGAUGUUGUUAUUGAGCAUUACUCUAAAAUCAAAGAAAAUCCAGAGUUCCGUUCUCUUCCCAGCUUCCUAUUUGGACAGUCCAUGGGUGGAGCUGUUGCAUUAAAGAUACACCUGAAACAGCCUAAGGCAUGGGAUGGUGCCAUUCUUGUUGCACCUAUGUGUAAGAUUGCAGAUGACAUGGUUCCACCAAAGUUGCUCACUAAUCUCCUGAUUGGUUUAUCCAAUGUUUUACCAAAGCAUAAAUUGGUUCCAAACAAGGAUUUAGCAGAGGCAGCAUUCAGAGAUUUAAAGAAGAGGGAACAGACUGCUUACAAUGUUAUUGCUUACAAGGAUAAACCACGCUUGCAGAGUGCUGUAGAAUUGCUCAGAACUACUCAAGAAAUAGAACGGCGAUUGAAAGAAGUUUCUCUACCAUUAUUCAUCCUUCAUGGAAAGGCUGACACUGUGACUGAUCCAUCAGUGAGCAAAGCCUUGUAUGAGAAUGCGAGCUGUUCAGAUAAGAAGCUUAAGCUUUAUGAAGAUGCCUACCAUGCUCUUCUGGAGGGUGAGCCUGAUGAAGUAAUAACUGAAGUUUUUAAUGACAUCAUCUCUUGGCUUGAUGAACACAGCUUGAAACAUAACCAGCUUUCCUCCUAAUACAGAUAAUUUAUUUUUGCUAUCUUCUGAUUUAAAAGAUGAGUAUUUUUAUUGAGAUUGUUUCAAGCAGUGGAAAAUAGAAAGCUGCCGUUAAAGUUGCCUAUUCUUUGCAGCUUAAGUUUAGUGCUACACCAUAACCUUGUUUUAUGUAUAUAACAUAAAAGGUAUAUAUGUAUAUUUUUUUAUUUCUUUCUGUA